UAUAUUAAUACUGGUCUCAAAUGGUGGAAUUGAGACACAUCCAUUAAAGGAGAAAUAUAAAUAUAUCCUUAAUGAAAGGGAGGCAGAAGCUUAGGAAGCAUAUAUAAACAUUCUUGGGAGGCACAUAAAUUUCCUUGGACUAAACAAAUUUAUUGUAAGUGCAACAACUUGAAACUUCUCAACAUCUAUUUUUUGAGUGAGAAAUUGAAUUGGAGAUGGAGGAAAGGAAUAUUGAGAUGGAGAAUAAGAUUGAAGAUGAGAUGAUGCCAGGUUUCAGAUUUCACCCAACAGAUGAAGAGAUUGUUGGUUUUUAUCUAAAAAGAAAAAUUCAGCAAAAAUCUCUUCCUAUUGAAUUGAUCAAGCAAGUUGAUAUCUAUAAGUAUGAGCCAUGGGACCUUCCAAGGGUGGCAAGUAAUGGAGAGAAAGAAUGGUAUUUCUACUGUCCAAGAGACAGGAAAUACAGAAACAGUGCAAGGCCCAACAGAGUGACAAGAUGUGGGUUUUGGAAGGCCACUGGAACUGACAGGCCCAUAUACUCAUCUGAGGCCCAAUCCAUUAUUGGUUUGAAGAAAUCACUUGUUUUCUACAGAGGCAGAGCUGCUAAGGGUUUCAAAACUGAUUGGAUGAUGCAUGAGUUUAGGCUCCCUUCACUUUCUUCUGAUUCAGCCAAGAAAUGCUCUGACAAAACUACCCCUGCUUCUGAUUCAUGGGCAAUAUGUAGGAUAUUCAAGAAAACAAACACAAUGUCCAUGGCGCAAAAAGCCUCAUUACCUCAUCAUCCUUAUAAUUGGAAUCAUCAUAAUCAAUUAUUUGAUGAUAUACUCACACAUCAACAACACCAACACCAACACCCUAUUAUUCCAAACUCCAACAACAACUUCAUCUUCUACAAUUCCAAUUCUACCCUUGAACCCACAAAAGAAAUUGAUGCCACUACUACUAGUAGCUCCAUUGUUAUUUCUUCCAACAUAGGCCUUCAUGAAGAUCCAAAUCAUCAUCAUUACAAUAAUAAUAGUAGUGGGUUCUCAUAUGAUGAUGAUUCAGGUGUAAUUACAACAAUUGCUGGGUUCCCAUUCAAUUUGCCUCCAAAUGAUGAUGAUGCUGCUGCUUGGAAUAAUAAUAAUAAUAAGCCUAAUACUACUCUGCCAUGGGAUUACUCAUCAGACAUGUCCACUACCUAUUCCACUAAUAAAUCUUACACUUAAAAAAAAAUUAUA